AGGCGCGAUAUAAAAAUGAAUACUUAUUUACUCCUGUUUUAUCAUAAUUUUUUCAUAAAAACGAUGUUAAAAUGAUAUAACACAGUAUUCGCUCUUGUGUGGUUAAAAAACAUGUUUAUUUUAUAUCAUCAUCAGAAAUUAUUUCGUCUUUAAGCUCGGAGAACUUAGCACUGCUAUCACAGUCAGACGUUUAUAUUUCUAGCUAUUUCUAAAACGCUUGUCAGUUUGUGUUCCCGCUGUUUCUUUAUGCAGAUCGAUGCGUGAAACAACCUUUCUCGUGUGGGAAAGAAAUCGCAAAAGCGACACAUUUCGUGUCAUGUCGUGACAUCGGCAACCGUGCAACGCAUCACACUAUUCUAGCGUGACCAUGACGUUAACUUUACCACUGUCUUUAUUACCUUGAAUGAUUUCAUUUUAAACCACACAUCUAAAGUAAGGAACUUCAAAUGUCUCGGCACUCACUGGUUUCCUAUCUGAUUUCUUUUUUGAUCAGGUUAAAAUUAAGCCAUUUGGACCCUACUAAACAGAAUGCAUUCAUAUACAGAAUGUUUACAAACAGACUAAAUUUAGUGUUUUUGAUUCAUAAAAGGGACGGAUCUAGAAUUGCUUGUUUUUUGUCUAAUUAAACUGCAGGGGUCCAGACCUCUAAACGUGGGUUAACGAGGCCUCUUGCUGAGAAAACACAAAAGUACAAUUGAUGGAAUACUAAAGAAACGCAAGAAGCGAUGUGCAAAAUUAGUGAGGGGGUUGAACAGGAAAAUAUAGAACAAUGUAAGAUCAGUGAUCAGCAAUAAGCAAACCGCGACCACCUAUCAGAAUAUGUCACUGUUUGCACUCAAACAGUGUUGUCCUUGUCCAAAUGCUCUGGGGAUACUGGGGCGAGCAAACCUGGAUGCCUGUGGCAGUAGAAAACGUGGGUUCCUAGGGCUUACUCAAGUCACCUCGCUGACGUCCGCUAGACGCCAUAUUGAAAAUUACCCAGAAGACCCUGGGGACGUGGUUGUGCUCAAGUAGCUGCCGCAAAAGAUAAAGAAGAAAACAAGAUUCUCUGCAAAGUUUGCGUGGAAUUUCUUGAUUUAGACGCCGUCUAACGACCAAAAAAGGAAGACAAUGGUUGAAGUACACUUUGAAAUAUGGUAUGCCACCCUCACCCGGCCAUGACCGGGCGUCGGUACAUCUCUUGCACAAAAAAUUGAUCGAGGACUACUAGUCUCCAUUUCAGCAACUCGUGCGUAGUCACGCACCGCUCGGAUCGCUGCGUAACUUCGGCACGCUCGGAGCGUCGCGUGACUCCGACACGAGCGGCUGCAAAAAAAGACUAUAAGACCACAAUCUGGAGGUACUUUCUAAAUAGUAGAGUUUUCGGACAUUCAUGUUUGAGUACAUCUAAAUCUAUCAUUCUUCUGAUCUCAAUGGUCUCUAUGAUAGCUACGUUCAUCAUUGAAAAGUGAGGGCCUGUAUCUUUUACUGUGCUAUUCAAAAAUGAAUACAUCUGACCAAUUCAGCCGUUGGGUUCCCUGUGGUGUAGCUCGCGCGCGCUUUUCGAACGUCUACGUACAUACGUACAUUAUGACGUAAAUCUUACCAUAUGUUGCGGAAUCCCUUCUGUUAGAAAGUGUUUUAAAUGCUAUUCAAUUUACAAAUUCUUUGGACUAUUAUCACGAUGUGCGGUUCGUUACUUUCAAAGUGUCUUUCGACAAAUAACAAGGUUGCACCUCUCGGCGUCAGUGAUGUUGACGCUGAGUUACUAAAAACGGCGCGUAGUUUAAUCUCGGCUCAACGUUCAAGCGCCAAGAACGGCGUUACGCCAGAGAUGAGCGCGUUUGUGUCCAAGUGCAAUGCGGCAGCCUAUGAUCUCAUUAUCGACGGCAAACAGACGGCAGAUGGAGGACACGCCAAAGUCCCGAGAAGACUUGCUAAGAUCGAAGCGGCGCCUACAUUCACCAUGGAAAUGUUACUGGAGGAACAAGCGCAAGUGGAAAGUAACAGGAUCAGGCAGCUUGAAAAGAUAAAGAAGACAGCCUCCUCAAGUACUAGAUCUUCUGAUGCCAAUGCCAGACGGGCUGUCAGAUCCAACAAGCUGCGGGAGGCGCUAGAGAUGGCCGACAAGCUCGCUAAGGAGAAGAGCGCUAGAGCCUCCGAGAACAGGGAUAAGCACUUGGCGGACGUCAAGAGCAAGGCCAGUCGCCUGGCGGGGAGCUCCCAGCAACAGGUUGUGGAGAGUGAGGCAUGCGCUAAGGUGGAGCUGCGGCAGCGGGAAAUUGAUAGGAAAAGGAAGAUGGUGGAGAUGAACAAGGACAAGGCAGCGAAGGAGGCGCGCGAAAAGCUCAGGCUGCGAUGUGAGCGCGAACAGCUUGUGAAGGACCGCGCCAAUGCUCUAAAGGAUGCCGACAUGUACGAUGGUUUGCGCAUCCUCGAGGGAAUGGAGACGAGUGAGGACUACUGCGUCUCAGAGGAUGACGAGUGGGAGACUGGGCCCCAGACGGACGAUGGGAACGACGAAGAAUUCUGGGGUUAACCGCUGAUUUGCGCGACCGUCACCCCCUCCACCUUUUGCACGCCAAAAUUCCCGGGCAUCCUCUGCCUAUAUGGAAAUGAGACAUUACACUAAAUUUAAAGACGUAGAUUUGUAAUUAGCUACGUGUAACAAUAAAACUUUCAGAUGUCAACAA